AUGCCUUUCUCCGGAACCCUUCUCUCCAUUGUUGCUGUGAUGUCGCUGCUCGCUGCGUUAUAUACGUUUUUGCGAGGGGCUCACAAACGGGCAGUCCAGCAGACAUCCCACCGUGGAGUAAACGAUGCAGAGAAGGAGCGCCAUUUGCUCCAUGAUCCAAUUGACAAUCUGUGCCCUGGCGUGGAACGUACCAUCGACUACUAUCGAUCCCUUUUUUCCAAACUACACAACAUUGAAGAUCACCAAGACAUGCUACCGGAAGCCCGAGAGCUGCUCCUUUCUUUGCUUUCGGAAGCGAUUGCAAUCAACCCCGACAAGCACCGUGAUCUCUUUGCAAUCGACAUCUGUGACGAAGGCCAAUUGCUCGCAUUUUUACAUGACAGCCACAAGGAGGUCGGGGAAGCCUACACAAAGUACAUCCAGGGCCGGAAAGCGGGAGGCCCGCGGAUCCUCGCAGGAAAUCGCGAACAAGCAGUCGCGAUACUGACCCAGAUGGCACCCCUCAAGUUGGUAGACGGUGCAUGGCUGGGGCAUAUGCAUCACAUCACCACACUAUUUGAACUUCGGCACAUCACGAAGCAGGUCUGGCAAGUCCUCUCCGAGGAGCUGGGUGAUGGAUCACUACAUCUCCAUCAUGCAUAUAUCUAUCACAACCUGUUGUGUGAUCUCGGUGUGCGCUUGCCGGCACCGUAUGAGCCAAGUUUCAUAGAUCCCGCGCACCAAAUGAAGAGCCUCGGAGCAUGGAAGGCGGCGGUCGUCCAGCUUCUCAUAUCACUAUUUCCUGACGAAUUCUUACCGGAGAUUCUGGGGUAUAACCUGCACUUUGAAGGGCUGAAUCUCGAAACCAUGGUCCUGUCGAGAGAGCUUCAGGAACUCAAAUUAGAUGCACAAUACUUCCUUCUCCAUGUAUCCAUUGACAAUGCCCAUUCCGGACAUGCAAUGAUGGCUGCACAUACAGUCACAGAGUAUCUCUCACACAUCCGGAAGAAUGAAGGGUCUGCUGCAGCCAACACGGCGUGGAAGCGCAUUCAGGCGGGCUAUGCGUUGUCCGCACACCAGUCACAACACCUUCAGAGGGAUAUCUCUUCGCUGUUGUCAGAAGGCGUUAACUCGAACUUGGGUUCUAAUGAGACUGUUACCUUGGAAGUUGAUACUGACAAUAUCACAAAACUACUGGCAGACAAAGCCGCCGUAUCAAGCAAAUUGCAUUCCGGGUGUCGUGCCCGAAUUGGUGGAAAGCCCUUAGCGGAAUGGUUAGAAUCGAGCCUUAUUCGUUCUAAGAGCGAGGGGCGAGAUGCGCUCCACGAGUUGAGCAAUGCUUCCCCAUGGGUUGUAAAGGGAGCUCCCGAACGUAGCAGGUUGAUUCGUGAGCUCGAAGUAGGGGGCAAGAUGUUUGGCGCAUUUACCAUGGAAGAGGUGGAGCAUUUGAAGACUUGGAUUGUUUCCCUUGGCCAGAAAGAGCAAAGAGAGACAGCGUAUUGGGACUUUACGGGUCGAAGCCAAAACGACCAUGAUCGCCAUACCUCACUAGUCACAACACACUUACCAUUGGCAUCAUAUCCAGUUGCUUCUGAUAUUACACUGGAUGAAACGAUCUUCGAUGCCCCUUUGAAAUCCCACCCAAUACCCUCUAGCGCCUGCAACACUAUCUUGCCGUUAUGGUUUGCUCAUAUAUCGCUUCUGGAAUCAGUAGUGAGCAUUCCAACACGUGUCGCCUCAGAGCUCGGGGCAGCCAUAGUUCGGGCUUUGAGAGCUCAGUACAACUUCAGUCCAGAAUCAGAUGGUGUUACUGGAAUGGACGAAGUAAAUCGAGCUGGUAUGCCGGAUCUAGUUGAUAUUGGUAUUGAAAUCAUUGCUCGUCAAGGAUUCGCUCCGUUGCCAAGAUCCAUCUCUGACGUUCUGAGCGUGUGGCCUUCAACAUCUGCAGAGAUGCUCUUGAGUACAUCGAAGGCGCCCGUAAGGAACUUAGAUGUCCUCCUGGGGAUGUCGUUGGCCUUUUUAAGCCUCCAGUCGUCGGUCCUAUGCUCUCCUGGUUUCCUGUCCCAGAGCAGCCAGUCUGCCUUGAAGAACAUCAUUGAACGCGAAACCUCAUGUUUCCGAGUGGCGUACGGGAUUCUUCGUCUGGACAGUCAAAGAAUGCAAAACUUUACCAAAGGUUAUCAAAUAGCCCAGAGCAUACUUGGGCAGACCUUGUCGGCGGCUGAAUAG